AUGACCAUCGCAGGCAUCGGCCUUCCUUUGACGCUUGUGGCCAUCGUCGCUAUUUGUUCACUGGUACGAAAGGAUCACGUUGCUCCAAUAUACGUCAUCAACCUUCUCAUUUCUGACAUCGUUCAGCUCAGCAGCAUGAUCAUUUUGGGGCAAAAGUUCAGUGGAAGGACAGUCUUCAGCAUCUGUUUCAUGGUGGUCAUCUCUCUGGAAAGGUACUUAGUGAUCGCCUGGCCGCUGUGGUACAAAUUCAAACGAAACAUCAAGACAUCUGUGAUCGUCUGCGUGAUAGUUUGGCUCUUUCCUAUUCUAUACCUCCCAAUCUUUUUCCUUGCACGUUAUCACAUAAACAUCAUCAUUGCGUGUUUCCUGCUCCUUCCAUUCCCCCUGCUCAUAUUCUUCCUGGGUGGAACUCUCAAAGCUCUGUCUUCAGCCCGCAGUGUCCCCCCCGAUGAAAAACGGCGCAUUGUAGGAGCUCUGGUCCUGGUUUUGCUGAUUUAUAAUCUACUGUUUCUGCCACGAGUUAUUGUUUCUCUGUCAAAAAAGAUCAAACAAUAUGAAAAUAUUGAAAUUGUGACUUUGCUCCCACUUUUCUUCAGUCCUCUGGCCGAUCUGUUUCUGUACGUUUUCAUGCGGAAAGGGAUCUGUGACAAGCUUUUGGCCUCUCUGUGUUGUUGCAAAAUGGACCAUGAUGAUGGCACAUCACUGGAGACCGGAGUCACUUCGGACUCAGACUGA